AUGGUUUUUCUGAUGGAUCCCAACGAGAAAUUGGCUGAUUUUUCCAAUAUUGUUCUUGUGAACAACACACCCUACCAGCGCAUUGUGAAGAAACUCAUUUAUCUCGCCCAUACGCGCCCCAACAUUUGUCACACGGUGGGUAUUGUAAGUCAGUUCAUGCAUGACCACUAUGAGCACCAUCUCACAGUUGUCCACCAGAUCCUCCACAACUUAAAGGCACACCGGGCUCAGGUCUUGACUUCUUUACAGUUGUUCUGUGAUAAUAAAGCCGCUAUUAACAUUGCUCAUAAUCUGGUCCAGCAUAAUCGCGCCAAGCAUAUAAAGAUUGACCAGUACUUCAUUAACGAGAAGCUAAAUUCCGGGGAGAAUUGUGGUUCAUUUGUAGCAUCCAAUGGUCAACUAGCCAAUAUCCUCACAAAAAUCUUCCUCAACUGUUAUUUAACAACUUCAAAUCCAAGUUGA